AUGGGUUCCAUUGCUGACUCCUCCAACGUGAGCCCUCAAACGGGUAUUGAUAGGCUGAAGGCCAUCCAAGAAAUCGUCGAGUCUUCGGUUGGAGCCGCUUCCACCGAUCUGCAAAAGGUCAUUAAGCAUAUCUAUGAUAACCCCGAGAUCGCGUUUGAGGAGUACAUUGCCCAUGAUACUAUUUGCAAGUACCUCGAAAAUCAAGGAUUCCAGGUCACCCGGAAAGCCUAUGGCGUCGAGACUGCCUUUGAGGUUCUCUACGGCCAGGGUGGGAGAGUUGUCAGCAUCAACGCAGAAUACGAUGCUCUCCCCGGCGUUGGUCACGGAUGUGGCCACCACCUGAUCGCCGCUUCAAGUAUCGCCGCUUUCCUCGGCGUUACGGCCGCCAUCAAGCAGAACGGUAUCAAGGGUCGUGUACAGCUUCUUGGAUGUCCCGCGGAGGAGAACCAGGGUGGCAAGGCUGUUCUGUGUAGUGCUGGAGCUCUUAAGGGCGUCGAUGCCGCUGUCAUGGCACACCCCGUGCCUCCCACUCAAAUUGUGCCAAAUGCAAUUGAGGAUAGUAUCACCGGAAUCGGAGGUGCUUCCUCCUUGGCCAUGCUUCGGUGGGUCGUGGAGUUCCACGGAAAGGCUACCCACGCCUCCGCAUGCCCUCACCUUGGUAUUAAUGCGUUCGAUGCCGCCGUGGCCGCGUAUAACAACAUUGCUCUUUUGAGACAGCAAACUCUUCCCGAGGAGAGAAUUCACGGUGUCGUUCUUGAAGGACCCACCGUGCCCAACACCAUUGGACACUACACUAAGACUGUUUGGAUAGCUCGCAGCCCCACCCGGGGUAAGCUCCAGGCCCUUUCAAAGCGCGUUCUUGCUUGCUUUGAGGCUGCUGCCAUAGCUACUGGAUGUACUGUGACUAUCACUGAGGGUAACAUGUACACUGAUACCCUCGUUACUGAGAGCCUUUGCAAUCGCUAUGCAGAUAUCACAAACAGCGUUGAAGGCCUGAAGACUAUACCUUUCAUUCACAGGAUCGAGCCUGGCUCCACAGACUUUGGUAAUGUCACAUAUGAGUGCCCGGGUAUUCACGCAUAUUACGCUGUCCCUUGUCCCAUUGGAACUUCUGUCCAUCAUCAAACUUUCACUGCGGCCACGGGUACCGAAGAGGCAUACUACCGCGCACUCAAGCAGGGAACUAUGCUGGCUCUGACUGCAUGGGAUCUGCUUACCGACGAUGCAUUCUAUAAGGAAGUCAAGGCUGAGUGGGAUGUGACGGUCAAGAAGCACAGCUUCGCUUGA